GAGGGUAAACGACGGAGAGAGAAGAGAGAGAGAAGGGCCCAAUCUUCAACUCUAGCUUUGGAGUUUUGUGAUAGCAAAGAUUUUCAGUUUCCAAGUCCCUUCCCUCAGGCCUGUUCUUCAAGUAGUGCCGUUUUGGUCUGUGACUGUGUAUGUACUGUUACAUCACAGUGUUAGGUCUGCCACACUCUGAUCGCCCAUGAACUCUCUCUCUCUCUUUCUCUCUCUCUCUCUCUCUCUCUCUCUCUCUCUCUCUUAGAAAUCUGAGAUUCUAACUCUGAAUAUGCUUCAUGAUAUGGAGUUGUAUUUUGACCAUGAUCAGUGUGUGUUCUUCAACUGCCGAGUUUUUCUCAGGCGGUUCUUCGGUUGAUUCGAAAGCUGUUUUUGAGUGUUGAGUAGCAGAUUUGAAUUCGCAUUUAUAAAUACUUUGUGAAGGAAACCGUGCGAUUUUCAGUUUGUGUGAGCGAAGAGUAAAUGCGUGGAAAUUGAACGAACGUGAACGGCGAGGAAUAAGUUUUUACGAUACUGUAUAUGAAGGUUUAUAGAAAGCGGAAACCAGAGAGACGUGGUCGUUUUUUACGGUCUGAUUGAAGAGAAAAAUCGACAACCGCUGUUGAGAGUUCGUAUUUGUCUGGGACUUGUUUACAAUUUCAGUGUACACUCUCUCCUCCUCAAGUAAUGCUUUGGGUGGCUUUUGUUGCUUGAUCUCUGGACCUUGAAAGCAUUUACUGAGAAAGAGUAGCAAGCUAUGGCAGAAAAUUGAGGCUGUUUUCUGGUUUGUGUUUGUUGAAAACCACCAUUUCAUUACUCUAUUCGACUAAAGAUAUUUCAGCAAUUUGCAAGCAAAACGGAGAGCGAUGGAGGAGGUAGAAAAGAGCUUGGACUCUCAAUUAUGGCACGCCUGUGCCGGAGGUAUGGUCCAAAUGCCUCACGUUAACACCAAAGUCUUCUAUUUCCCUCAGGGUCAUGCUGAACACGCCCUUGCAAACGUUGAUUUCGGGGCAAUGCCUAGGGUUCCGGCAUUGAUUCUUUGCCGGGUUGUUGCUGUGACGUUUCUGGCAGACCAUGAAACCGAUGAAGUUUAUGCUAAAAUUAGGUUAACACCAAUCAGGAACAAUGAGCAUGAUUUUGAUGAUGAUGGGCGUGUGGGGAGUAAUGGGUCUGAAUCUGCUGAAAAACCCACUUCUUUUGCAAAAACAUUGACCCAAUCGGAUGCGAACAACGGUGGGGGGUUCUCGGUUCCUCGGUACUGUGCUGAGACCAUCUUUCCUCGGUUGGAUUACUCUGCUGAUCCCCCGGUUCAGACUGUGAUUGCGAAGGAUGUUCAUGGUGAUGUUUGGAAGUUUAGGCAUAUUUAUAGGGGGACACCAAGGAGGCAUUUGUUAACUACGGGGUGGAGUACUUUUGUGAACCAGAAGAAGCUGGUUGCUGGGGAUUCCAUUGUGUUCUUGAGGGCAGAAAAUGGGGAUCUCUGUAUUGGGAUUCGAAGGGCAAAUAGAGGAGGCAUUGGUGGCCCCGAGUCCCCAUCUGGGUGGAACUCGGCUGCUGGAAACUAUGGGGGAUUUUCUAUGUUCUUGAGGGAAGAUGAGAACAAAUUAAUGAGAAGUGGUAGUAGCGCAAGUCUGAAUUCCCGUGGGGGUUUGAGGGGGAGGGAAAGAGUAAGGCCCGAAUCAGUGAUUGAAGCUGUGUCUCUUGCUGCCAAGGGGCACCCAUUUGAGGUUGUUUAUUAUCCUCGUGCUAGCACUCCAGAGUUCUGCAUCAAGGCUUCCUCUGUGAGGGCGGCAAUGAGAAUUCAGUGGUGCCCUGGGAUGAGAUUCAAAAUGCCCUUUGAAACCGAGGAUUCUUCUCGGAUUAGCUGGUUCAUGGGAACGAUAGCUUCUGUCCAGGUUGCUGACCCCCUGCACUGGCCUGAUUCGCCAUGGCGUCUUCUCCAGGUGACAUGGGAUGAACCAGAUUUGCUGCAAAAUGUGAAGCGGGUCAGCCCAUGGCUUGUUGAAUUGGUAUCAAAUAUGCCCGUCAUUCAUCUGUCACCUUUCUCACCACCUAGAAAAAGGUUGCGGAUACAGCAACACCCAGACUUUCCACAUGACGGCCAAUUUCCAAUGCCGUCAUUUUCAGGCAACCCCCUUGGGCCCAGGAGUCCCUUUUGUUGUCUACCUGACAACAUUCCUGCAGGCAUACAGGGAGCCAGGCAUGCUCAAUUCGGAAUCCCAUUAUCAGAUCUCCAUCUUAGGAACCAACUGCAGUUGGGACUGUUUCCACCCAGUUUCCAACGGCUUGAUCCACAUGCUAAAUUCUCAGAUGGAAUUAUCCAAGGCCACACUAAUGGUGGUGACAGUAUAUCUUGCUUGCUAACCAUGGGGAAUCCUAAUCAUAAGUUGGAGAAAUCUGAUACUGCAAAGACAUCCGGUUUUAUCCUUUUUGGUCAGCUAAUACUCACUGAACAACAGCUCUCUCAAGCGUGUUCCAGUAAUGGAGUUUCACCAGUUCCAAUCAAGAAAAGUUCACCAGAUGGGAAUCUAGACAAGGCAGAAAAAUUUUCACUUGAUCGCCAUGGUAUUCCAGAUAAUCUGUCCAGUGCCAGGUUUUUGUGGAACCAAGGCUUUCACACAGGUAAACACGGCCUGGAUACUGGUCACUGCAAAGUAUUCCUAGAGUCGGAGGAUGUAGGACGGACUCUUGAUCUCUCAGUUCUUGGAUCCUAUGAGGAGCUCUACAAAAGGCUGGCAAACAUGUUUGGAAUAGAAAGAUCAGAGAUGCCAAGCCAUGUGCUCUAUCGAGAUGCAACAGGUGCUGUUAAACAAACUGGAGAUGAGCCAUUCAGGUAUCACUUAGCGUUUAUUUCUUUUCCUUGUGGAUCUGAUCAAAUAAGUUCGUGUAUUGAGAAGGCACCUGGCUUCUUGGAUUGUACUGCAGUGAGUUCACGAAAACAGCAAAAAGACUGACAAUUUUAAUGGACUCAGGCAGCAACAACAUUGGAAGGAAAUGGAUAACAGGUCUGCGAAGCACUGAACAUGGACUGGAUGCUUCCAAGCAGACGGGCCCCUUGGGCAUAUUUGCGUAAAAUACUUAAUCAUUUGAGCGUUCAUCCCCAAGAGAAAAAGAUAAAGAAGAUAUUUCUCAUUCUGGUUAUGUAGGUAAAAACUUUCCAUUCAGAGAGCUUUCUAUAAAUAUGUUUGUUUGAGAAAAGACUAGUUUAUGUUUCAUGCAAUGUUACUGUCUACAGAAAAUAUUGAUGCCUGAUAUGAUAUGCUUAAAGAUUA